GAAAUUAAUUACUUGACAUGGGAACCAAGAGCCAACCCGUCCCGCCCCCACUCAUCCCAUUCUCCCAAAGUCCCAACCACCAACCACUCCCAUCCUCAAUAAGUUACGUACGGGGAGCUACCACGGGAAGAAGCUCUUAAACAAUACCUAAUGCACGAUUCCUCUUGGCAGAAUCCAAAGAUUCACUAGCUCCGUCUCUUCUUGAUUCCAUCACUGAUAUCAGCAACAACGAACCAUGGCAAACAAACCGGGAGUGAAGUCGGCGAAGAAGCAUGGCACCGAGAACGAGACGAAGGUGCUUCGCAAACUGGGGGUCAACGAAAUGUCCCAGCUCGCCAUGUAUACACUGGACCAGUACCGCGGUACCACUGUCUCCUGCCGCUAUGAAAUCCCGCCACAUCUUGCAUCGGCAGAGUCAAGGGCCCAGCUGGAGGAUGCAGUUAAGGUUGCUGUCGUUGACACGAUUAUGAGACAUCCGAUGCUGCAAGUCGGCAUCAUCGAUGCCACUUCCAAGACUCCCUCGUGGAUCCAGCUGGAAAGUCUCGACUUGACCCAACAUAUAAAUUGGCUUCAUCUCACCAAGCAUGACGACUUUCAACACACGGUGCAGGAAACCUUUUGCACUCAGCUCGAUGACCAUUUUCCAGACCUUUCCAUUCGACAGCCUGGCUGGAAGCUGACCGUCAUUCGACACGGGAAUGCUCCCAUCAUGGAGGCUCUACUCACUUGGAAUCACCCCCAGUUUGACGCCAUGGGUGCAAAGGUGUUCCACGAAGACUUGCUCACCAUGCUCAAUGCUGACAGCGGGACACACGAGCGGACCGGCUUGGAUGACCAUGUCCUUAAACUACCUCAAGCGGCCCCUUUACUCCCAGCACCAAUCGAGGUCUUGGAAAAGCUCCCAGUAGAUCUGAAACACCUCGCCAAGGCAUUCUGGGAGGAAACUCGGCCCGAGUUUCUUAACCGGGACGUAUCGCGGGCAACCUGGUGCCCGAUCCGCCUCUCUCCGUACAAAACCCAGUUCCGGGUCUUCUUCGUCGACAACACGUCUGUCCUUACGCUUCAAGCCCUCUGCCGACAGAACCAGACCACCAUCACGGGCCUGCUGAACGGAUUAGCGCUCAUCUCCUUCGCAGCACACCUCGACACCGCCGCUACCCCAGCCUUUCAAAGUUCCACCAUCGUGGACCACCGCCGCAAUCUCCCUCCCGCCCCGCCCGACGCUCCCUGGGGCACUUCCGACCGCGCAAUCAGUAACUACGUGACGCAGUGCCUGCACAAAUACGACACGGACCUGGUGGCGCGGAUCCGCUCCAAGCUGCCCACCAACACGGGCAGCGACGAGGGCGACAUGGAGGGAAACAGAGCCCUGUCGGCCGACCUCGUGCGCGAGCUCUGGGUGGUGUCGGCACAGAACCGGCGGGAGAUCGCGGCCAAGCUGGAGGCCGGGCUGCGGAACGACCUGGUCGGCCUGUUCAAGUACGUCUCGGACUGGCAGCAGACGAUGGGCGGCAUCGCGAAGAGGGCCCGCCAUUUCUCGUGGCUGGUCACCAACAUCGGCGUGCUGGACGGCGGCGGCAGCACCGAAUCGGGUGACGGCGACGGCGACGGUCAGAAGUGGUCGAUCGGCCGCGCGCAGUUUGGUCUCAGCACCGAGGUCCCCAUGGCGGCUAUCGAGUUCUCCCCCGUCAGCGUUGCUGGUCGAGGCAUGUGCGUUGGCGCUAGCUGGGGUGACUGUGUAGUGGAUGUGACGCUGGCGGAACGCAUCAUGGCUGAUUUGGAAUUGUGGCUGGUCCAACUUGCGGGCCAGUCAUGAUGUGUCGGAACGCUCCGGGGUCUUUCUGACCCCCCAAGCGGUCCGUGGCUUGCACCAUUGCCAACCUUAGUGUAGAUGUACCGUAGAUGAUAGGCCGGGUCCAACUACGUUUCUACCUGCCG